CAACGCCACUUCCACUUUCUCUUCCUUAUUUCUCUCUCUCUGGCGCUCAGCGAUUCAAGGUCCAAGGAAGAGCUUCUUCAGGUCUAUCUCCCCUUCGUCGGUGAGUUUAUCGAGCUCAACGAUCAGAAUCUCCUUCACACGAAUCACCUCAGAUCCCGAUCCGUUUGACCUCCCAGGCGAGUCCGUUGUAGUUCGAUUUGCUUGCCUCAAGCCUCCGAGUCGCAUAGACAGACGAUCUCACGAGUCAAGAGAAUCUCUGUCUUAUCCAGCUCCGAAUCUGGGCUCGUGUUAUCAAUUCGACUGGUUAUUGUUUGGGAUUGCAGGUUUGAGCACUCGGAUAUGGAUGAAGAAAGGAAGGGAGCGAGAGGAUCGGGUUGGGAGAACUAGGGUUCGUUUUAUGUGAUUUUAUAAUAAAAAUUCUGUGUUUUUUUUAUAGAUUUUUUAGUGGGAAAACUCGGAGAUCUAGGGUUUCCCAUAUUAUUUUCUUUCCGGGUCUUCUCGUUUUAUGCGAGAGUGGUUCGUUUGAAUGGAUAUCGAUAUUGUGAGGGAUAUGGCGUCGCUUGACCCGGAGCUGCUGCAGCUCCCGGAGGUAUCUCAAGUGGUUCUGAAGGAAAAACCUAGGAUAGCCGAGGAACUGUUCUCCCAGUGGCUUUCAUUGCACGAAACAGGGAAAUUGGUGAAGUCAUUGAUUGAAGAUGCAAAAGGGAGUUCACCUCUCAAUGUUCCAGGCAGUUCAUGUAAUCCAAAUUCUGUUGGGAAUAAUUCCCCGCCUUCCAUGUUUCCUGCUGGCAGUGUGCCUCCUCUCUCACCUAGGAGCACAUGUGGAUCUCCCCGUUUUUUGAAGCGUAACUCAAAUGUUGGACUUUCACCUUUUGGUUCUCCACUAAAAUUAAUUAGUGAACCCAUCAAAGAAGUUAUACCUCAGUUUUACUUCCAUAAUGGCCGUCCGCCUCCAAAAGCAUUGAAAGAACAAUGCUUAUCUAGAAUUGAUCAUCUUUUCUUUGGUAACAUGGAUGGGCUACAAUUACAAGAAUUCAAAACUGUGACGAAGGAAAUCUGUAAGCUACCAUCAUUCCUCUCCACUUCUUUCUUUAGAAAGUGCGAUGCUGAAUGUACCGGAAUGGUGUCAAGGGAUGCAUUUAUUGAAUACUGGAUCAGUAGCAACUUGAUGACAAAAGAUGUAGCUACUCAGAUCUUCACCAUUCUGAAGCAAGCAGACCGCAGUUACCUUAUUCAGGAUGAUUUCAAACCUGUGUUGCGAGAACUUUUGGCAACCCAUCCAGGUUUGGAAUUCCUACAGGGGACUCCUGAGUUUCAGGAUAGAUAUGCUGAAACUGUUAUAUACAGAAUUUUCUACUAUAUGAAUAGAUCUGGCAAUGGUCAACUUACCCUAAGAGAAUUGAAACGGGGAAAUUUAAUUGCUGCAAUGCAGCAUGCUGAUGAAGAGGAGGAUAUUAAUAAAGUCCUGAGGUACUUUUCAUAUGAGCACUUUUAUGUGAUUUACUGCAAGUUUUGGGAGCUUGAUACAGAUCAUGAUUUCUUUAUUGACAAAGAAAACCUUAUCAAAUAUGGAAAUCAUGCACUGACCUACAGAAUUGUUGAAAGGAUUUUUUCGCAGAUUCCCAGGAAAUUCAAAAGUAAAGUUGAUGGCAAAAUGGGCUAUGAAGAUUUUGUGAAUUUUAUACUAGCAGAGGAGGAUAAGUCAUCCGAGCCUAGCCUUGAGUAUUGGUUCAAGUGUAUAGACUUGGAUGGUAAUGGAAUUAUAACCUCAACUGAGAUGCAAUUUUUCUAUGAGGAGCAGCUGCAUCGAAUGGAAUGUAUGGCGCAAGAAGCUGUACUGUUUGAGGACAUUCUGUGCCAGAUGAUUGAUAUGAUUGGACCUGAGAAUGAGAGCUACUUUACACUGCUAGACUUGAAAGGCAGCAAACUUUCGGGAAAUAUUUUUAAUAUCCUUUUCAAUCUGAAUAAAUUUAUGGCAUUUGAAACUCGUGAUCCAUUUCUAAUUCGGCAGGAACGUGAAAAUCCAACUUUGACAGAGUGGGAUCGUUUUGCACAUAGAGAAUAUAUCAGAUUGUCCAUGGAAGAAGACUGUGAAGAUGUCUCCAAUGGAAGUGGUGACAUCUGGGAUGAAUCACUUGAGGCUCCUUUUUAACGAGUAUCUAAAAUUUGGUUUCCUGGAUGCUUACUAGAAGCUGCCCUAGUUGCAGCUACGUAACUUGCAUCAGAUAAAGGUUUGCAUCACAUAUUCUCUGGUGAAUUAGCAGGCGCGAUUGUUCAACAAUUUCGUCUUAAAAGGGGUUUGCCCCUCUACUCUAUGUUUCAUCAUCUUGCAAAGUUGUGCUCUCAAGGCAUGGAUCAUCCUUCUGAAGUGCUGUGGGUCGGUCCUUCCUAUAGCAAGGUAGGCAAGACUUCUGUUACUUGUCAGUCUUCACCAACAAAGCAACAUUUUCCAAGAUCAAAUAUCGAGUGGAUUGAUGCUCUCUCCAUUGUAGUUGGAACCAGUUAUGAUCAAUUUCUAGUUUUUCCCCUCAUUUGUUUUUUCUUUUCGCAACAAGUUUCUUUUUGGAGUAUAGGGACGCUAUAUUUAUCUCCUUUCAAUCUUUCUUGUGUCUGGUGGUCGUAACUUAUCUUGGUGAUUCCCUGUAAUAUGUUCAUUAACCUUUAAUUUAUAAUCAUGAGAAAUUUAACAUUA